AUCGUUAUAAAAUACCAUUCGCGAGAAUACCCGACCAAUACGCAAAAUUAUCUGAGACUUAAUUAUUCGCUACUACAAUGCAUUUUAACAAAUAAAACAUUUCGCAAAUUUAACUCAAACUUAUGAGCAAAUACAUACUCGUUACAAUGACGUGCUCGUCAAUCAAAAUAAUUUAUUUAACAAUAUUAUGGACAUUAGUCUGCCCGUCGCUACAAUGUUUCUCUCUGCUGAACCCAAAUUAUAUAAUUCUUUUGACAUGCAUCCAAUCACUUCAAUGUAUACCGAUUACGUUAAAAGUGCCCGAAGAAAGUUACGACAAAAUAACCAAAGUUCUUAAAAACAAUCCUAGUUUGUUAAAUCAAUUAAUUGCACAAUCUGAAAACCCAAACUCAAAAAUUUCAUUUUUACCUCAGAGAGGUAAAUUGACUAAUGGAAUAUCAAAUUUUUUACCGAAUUUUGGUACUGGCCUACCUACCAUUAAUAAUCCUGUAACUGUUGCACUACCGACAGAAACUAUGAUUGGAGGUCGAAAAUUCGUGUUGACUAAUAGAGCCAGUUUAUAUGGAAAUUUAUUCAAAAAAUUAGCUUCAGCAGUAACAUCGCCAGUAAAACAAUCAUUAAGUUAUUUUAAAAAUUUGGGACAAAAUCAAGGCAUUACACAAGAUGUACUGAAAUUGAUUUCAAAUAAUUUAAACAAUAAUAAUGAAAAAGAAGUUGGAGAAGUAGUAGAAGAAGAAGAAGAAGAAGAAGAAGAAGAAGAAGAAAGACCAAAAAGAUCUAAAAAGAAAAAAGGCACGAAAAAAAAGGUUUCAAAAACAAGUGACGACGAAGACGACGAAUUGAGUGACGAGGGCGGAAAUAAGGGAAACAACAAGAGGAAGAAAGGCGCGAGUAAAACAAAUGCAAACAAUAUGAGUCCAGAAAAAAGCAGUGAAGAAAAAAAUGGCGAUGAUGAGGAAGAUACAUCGGGUGACCGAGGCAGGAACAAGGCAAAUGGUAUAAGAAAGAAAGGUGCAAGUAAAACAAACCCUAAAAAAAAUAAUAAGAGUCCAGAAAAAAGCAGCGGUGAAAAAAAUAGUGAGGAGGAAGGUGAGGAUCCGAAAAAAACUAGCGGCAGUGGCAGUGGUAGUGGCGCAGAUAACGGCAGAGGUGCUGGUAGUGGUAGUACUGAAGGUGGUAGUAGUAAUGGUAAUGGAAGUGGCAGUGGCAGUGGUAGUGGUGGAAAUUGAGGAUACUGAAUAAUAGCUAUAGUUAUACAGAAACAAUAAAAGUCAUAAAAAUUAAAAUCUAAAUGAUAAUAAUAUGCUGAUGGCGAAUAAAACGAAAACGAAAAAAUAACACUUAUUAUUAUGUAGAAAAUAAUAUAG